AUGAAACCCAUUCCCUCUUAUUGGACCUUUAACUGUUUGUUUGGGGCACUUUCCAAGAUGAAGCAAUAUUCUGCCGUGGUAUCUAUGUAUAAACAGUUGAUGGGUUGUCGUCAAUUCCAACCUGAUGUCACUACAAUGAAUAUUUUCAUGAAUUGCUUGUGCCGUCUGAACAGGGUGGACUUGGGUUUCUCUGUCUUAGCACUUACCCUUAAAUAUGGUAUUGAGCCUGAUGCUUAUUCUUUGAAUGCUUUGCUUCACGGGCUUUGCAAGAAUAGCUCCCUGUCUGAGGCAAUGGAGUUGUUCCGGAAAAUUGAAGAGAAAGGAUACCCAUGUGAUGAAUUCACUUAUUCUACUAUAAUUAAUGGGCUAUGCAAAGCCGGGAAAACUUGUAUGGCACUCAAGAUGCUAAAGGAGAUGCAGGAACACAGAAAGUCUAAGCUGAACCCAUCAUGCUACAAUCCAGGCAUUGGUAACCUUUGUAAAGGAAGGCGAAUAGAAGAGGCCUUGACCCUAUUUCAAGAUAUGAUCAGCAACGGUGUUGGACCAGAUAUCUUCAGUUACAAUUCUCUAAUUAAAGGAUUACAAUUCUCUAUUCUCUCUGCUUGA